GAAAGCUCGGUCCAGAUCCGAUCCGUCACUCAUGGAGCCUUAAUUCCUGGGCAACGAACAAACACGAUGACUCCAUAUAUGAACUAUACCAUGAGCUGAUACAGCGAUACGCAUUUACAGACUCACAAUUUGAAACUUGAUGGAGCUCCUCCGAGCAAACCUGUCUCGAGUUCGAAUUCCAGAGCCUACCACUCGCAUCUACAAGCACGAAUGCUGCAUCUCCUUUGAUUCUCCGAAAACAGAUGGUGGGCUUUUUGUUGACAUGAACACAUUUUUAGCAUUUGGAAAGGAGUACGUAGGUUGGAACUAUGAAAAGACUGGAAACCCAGUUUACUUACAUAUUAAGCAGGAAAGGAAGCCAGUCACUGAGGACAGGCCUUCCAAGAAACCAACUCUCUUGGCCAUAGGUCUUGAUGGGGGUUUCAAUAACAAUGAACCAGAGUAUGAUGAAAGCUAUGAAAUAGUCUUAUUGCCAGAUUAUGUUACUCUUCCCUUUCCUUCUGUUGAAUUGCCAGAGAAGGUAAGGUUGGCUGUUGAUGCUGUUUUAUUGGCUGAGAGCGCUGAAAGGAAAGAGCAAGUUGCUGCCUGGACAGCUGACAAGAAGCUUACUAGUAAAUAUGCCAUGGAUCUACAACAACUUGAUAAUCAUGUUGUUAUCCCUCCAUCAGGCUGGAAGUGUGCUCAAUGUGAUAAGAUUGAGAAUCUUUGGCUGAAUCUGACAGAUGGAACAAUUCUCUGUGGUAGAAAAAAUUGGGAUGGAAGUGGUGGUAAUGACCAUGCUGUUAGCCAUUACAGAGAAACUGGUUAUCCUCUUGCAGUCAAGCUUGGAACAAUAACAGCCGAUUUAGAGGGAGCAGACGUUUUCUCUUAUCCGGAAGAUAAUAGUGUUUUGGACCCACUUUUAGCACAACAUCUUGCACACUUUGGCAUUGAUUUUUCUUCCUUACAAAAGACUGAAAUGACGACUGCUGAAAGAGAACUUGAUCAAAAUAUCAAUUUUGACUGGAACCGGAUUCUAGAAACUGGACAGGAGGUUGAGCCACUUGCUGGACCAGGAUAUACAGGACUCGUUAAUCUUGGCAACAGUUGUUAUUUGUCAGCAACAAUGCAAGUGGUGUUUUCUACACAUUCUUUCUGCUCCCGGUACUUUCUGGACCAGAGUCUAAAGACAGCUUUUAAUAUUGCUCCAGCUGACCCAACGGUUGACCUUAACAUGCAGCUUACAAAACUUGCCUUCGGCUUGCUUUCUGGAAAAUAUUCAAGUCCAAAUAUGAUGGAAGGUUCUGCAAAGAUGGAAAAGUCUAGUUCAGCACCGAAACAGGAUGGAAUCUGUCCUCGUAUGUUCAAGUCUGUGAUUGCUGCAAGCCACCCUGAAUUUUCAACAAUGAGACAACAGGAUGCAUUGGAGUUUUUCUUGCAUUUUAUUGAUCAAGUGGAACGAAUGAAUUCUGGGAACCCCAGAGCUGAUCCUUCUAGGAGUUUCAAAUUUGGUAUUGAAGAACGUAUACAAUGUCCAUCCGGUAAAGUGGCAUACAAUCGUAGGAAUGAUUACAUCCUCUCUCUGAAUAUUCCUCUGGACAGGGCUAUUAACAAAAAGGAAGUUGAGGAGUUUCAAAAGGCCAAGGCUAAAACGGCUGCAGAAGGAAAGGAAACGCCAGCUGAUGAAAUUGUUCGCCCAAGGGUUCCUUUGAAGGAUUGCCUAGAUUGCUUUUCAGCUCCUGAAGAAAUUCAUGAUUUUUACAGCUCUGCUUUGAAAACAAGAACAACAGCAACCAAAACGGCUGGUUUGACUUCUUUUCCUGAUUAUUUGGUUUUGCACAUGCGGAAAUUUGUCAUGGAGGAAGGAUGGGUUCCAAAGAAACUAGAUGUCUACAUUGAUAUUCCUGACAUCAUAGACAUUAGUGACAUGCGCAGCAAGGGUAUUCGACCUGGGGAAGAGCAAUUACCUGAAGGUGCUGCAGGGGAUAUUGAGGAACAAAAGCAACCUGUAGCUGAUGAGGGCAUUGUUUCCCAACUCGUGUCAAUGGGAUUUAACUCACUUCAUUGUCAAAAGGCAGCCAUUAACACAUCCAAUACCGGAGUGGAGGGUGCAAUGAACUGGUUGCUUGCUCAUAUGGAUGAUCCCGACAUUGAUGAUCCAAUUUCACAAAUAGGAAGAAGUGUUGAUAUCGAUCAAUCACAAGUCGAUACAUUGGUUUCCUUUGGUUUUCAUGAGGACUUGGCUAGGCAGGCACUGAAAGCAUCAGGAGGUGAUAUUGAGAAAGCGACUGAUUGGAUAUUUAACAAUCCUGGUGCUUCAGAGAAAUCAGAUAUGGACACAUCAUCCAGUGGUGGAACUUCAGUUGUUGAUGCUGCACUACCUGACGGUGAAGGAAGGUAUAAGCUCAUGGGAGUAGUCAGCCACAUUGGUAAUUCAACCCAGUGUGGUCAUUACGUUGCCCAUAUCUAUAAAGAUGGUGCUUGGGUAAUUUUCAAUGACGAAAAGGUUGGGAUCUCAAGGAAUCCUCCCCUUGACAUGGGAUACUUGUACUUCUUUGAGAGAGUUCGCGGCUGAACGAUUGAUAAUGAGUGGUUUUAUAGAUGGAGCUCAAAUAGCACAGGGGUGGGUGGAUAUUGUGUCCAAAGUCAUUACCAUACUUGGGGUUAAGAUCAAAGAACAUGGUCAGUCUUCUGAAGUUCAUCUCAAUUCAUCUUCUCCUACUUCUCCCUUGUCUGAAACGCGAAACAUUUUGGCUUUGUAAACUUUUGACGUAAAACGUAUCUGAUUGUUUCUCAGAGAUUCUAUACAAAAUUUGGAUGCGGUUUUUUAAGUAUAUUCUUGUUUGCACGUGUCUACAUUAUUCACAGGGCAUACUUCAUUUUCCAAGUGUUUGCAUGGAUUAAUACUCCGUAUGGUUCAUGAUAUUUUAAUAAAUUCAAA